AUGGCCGCCUGUCUAAGGAUUUCUAGACACGAAUUAAAGGAUUUAUUAUAUUUAUUAAAAUUGGUUGAGGUACAGGUAACGAUGUUAAGUUUACGUCCCAAAUUAGGAAGUGAACGCAACAGUGAGUGGCGCUGUUGUUUCUGCCUUCAUGUGCGCACAGGCACUAUACUACUUGGGACAUGGCAUCUUAUGCUGCACCUCAUAGCGUUAGGGUUCCUAGCAGCCAUAGUUCGUGACCCGCGGCUAUUAGAUGAACUUGAACGAGAUUCUGCUCCUGUUGUGGAUUGGAGCAAUGCAGGCCGUGAGACUAUGCCUACUGCACUGCCUAAAGUAGAACCGCCGCCGAGCUCAUAUGCUCCACAACAUGUCGGACAACAUCGGGAUCAUAGUUUAAUAUAUCAUGAUGUGGAUGUGGGUGCGCUGGUUACAGUGUGUACCCUGGCAAUCACAUUCAUGCUGAUCUAUGGAGCUGCGCUCGGCAAACCUGCCCACCUAUUGCCAUUCUUCUGCCUCCAGAUCUUUGACUUUGCUAUCACCGUGCUAACCGCUACGGGUUAUCUCUGCUACUUGCGCUCUAUUGACCGUUUGGUAGCAGAGACACAACGCGUGCCAUGGCGCGCUCAACUGUUACAGCUUCCAGCUCCAGUGCUAGCUCUCGUAGUGCUGUCUGCCUUCUUAGUAGCUGUACUGAUUAAGGGUUACUGCAUUAGCGUCGUGUGGCGAUGCUACAAGUAUUUGACCUUGAGGGCUCACGCUUUACAAUCUCCCUUCGUGAUAUCGAGCGAUGACGUUGUAACUCCGGCUCAACUCGCACCGUUUGCUGUGCCUGCUCCAGACUACACGAGCGUGCUGCCGGACUAUGAAGAGGCUGUGAAGCAGACCCCCCCACCGUCCUAUCGCGCUGCCACGCUCCUGGCGACCGGCGACACCUCUCUCACAACCGUUCAGGAGAGAGCCCAGAGCGCUCCGGCCGGGCCGCGGCCGCAGCCCACCAACACGGUGGUGGUGUUGCCGCACACCGGCUCGCAGGCGCGCCUCUGA